UUGAGUCCGUCUAAUAUCAACAACUGAUAAACACCUGUAUGUUAUGUUUUUGAAUUGUGGGGCAAGAAAUUAUUAUUGGGAAUAAAGGAAAACCGGAGACACUUUAGAAUCUUUCUUUCAAGAUCAUGGCAGCAAUUUAUGGGCCUUCGAAUUACUUUUGGAAUAGUAGUAUUUCAGAAGAUAAUCUCAAACUGCAGCAAAUUCUCAAAGACUACUUUUCGACUAUAACUCUGAUCAUGGGAACAGCAUUAGUGGUUCUUGGACCAUUCAUCAUUUUCGCUAACGGUAUCGUCAUUGCUGCCAUAUGGAAAGACCCCUUCAAACAGCUUCGCUCUUCGCCUUCAAACAUCAUCAUUGCAAGUAUGGCAAUCUGCGACUUUUUGGUAGGAAUAGCCGCAAUCAUCCCAUUUAGCACUUGGUUCUUCACUAUGUCAGUGAAAGCAGAAAUAGCAAACAAUUUUGCCACAGUGGCUUAUGCGUUUGGAGAUUUACUCUUAGGAACAUCUUCAAUCCAUGUACUCGGUCUGACAAUUGAUCGUAUGCUUGCUGUUGUUAGUCCACUUCUUUAUAAAUCUCGAGUGACAAGAAAAAGAUGUAAACUUUCUGUAAUCUUGCUAUGGGUGACUGUGAUUCUGAUUGUUAUUUCGCAAUGGCAACUGAUGCAAUAUUAUCACGUUUUUAAUGUUUUAUCGGCUUCUUUUAUCGGCACUACAACAUUGGCUAUAACUUGCCUUUGCUUCGUUAUUAUUUACAAGGUACGAAGACAAACCAGGAUAAUGAAGAAAAACCAAGAACCAUUCGCUUUUGGAAAUCGAAUCGCGGCAGAAAGAGAUCGAAAAACAACCAAAUCAAUCCUGUUGAUUUUGGUACUGUUCAUUCUUUGUGUUAAAUUGUAUUUUGUUAGUUUGAGUGUCCUUCUCUCUUGCUCUAGCUGUCAUCGUCGCUUAGACGUCAUCAUUACGGUAUUUUAUUUCUCACUGGUAAUGCUUCACGUCAAUUCCGCUAUCAACCCGAUCCUGUAUGCUUUCAGACUUCCUAAAUUUCGAAAGCCUGUGUUUUUUAUUUUGAAGAAAAUCAGAAGAAAGAAUUAUGUUGAUACGGAAAGAUCCCAAAAUCUACAAGUUCAUCGAGACGGGAAUUCCAACAAGAAUGGGGCUAAAAACUGCUCCCUUGAAGACACUGCACUUUAAACUGACCAAGGAAAUGUAAAUUUUAAAAUAACGCCAUCAAUGUGAUUUUUAUGCCAGGGAAGAAGAAAAAAAGUUCUAGCAUAAUGUUUAGCUAUAGAACACAAGAAGAAACACGAAUGAAAACUUUAUUAGCCCUGUGACUCCUACGACGCCCGAAACCGAGAAAAACGCAUCUUACUUGGAGAAUUCAAGCUUCAACAACUUUGAGCGAGUUAUAAUAAUAAUAAGUUUAUCUAACGAGGUGAAACACAGUCGCAGACUGAUAAAC